CUAAUUAUAAAUUUUAUAUAUAAAAAAAUGUAUUGCAGGUAAAAUACCGCAGUGCGAUGCACACGGGCACGUGGUGGCUAUAGUUUUAGGGCUACAAACCGGCCCGCCUAAUUUAAUUAGGUGAUUUGCUUACUUGGAACUCUUGUGUAUGAAGUUGUAUCUGAUUCUAAGCUAAUUUUAGGAUUUAGAUCAAGCUGAAGGUAUUAAAUUAGGUGUAAACAUUAGUAUUUUGAUAUUAGAUACUUUAUAAAUAAGUUAUGGCAGUGCAAAAUAAAGUUUUAUACGCGUUUCGAGGAUGGAUAGCAUUCGUUGCUUUCAUGGAUUUGGGGACCGCCGGCCGGUCUUACAUCGAGCGACGGUCGUUCCUCAGUCACCAAGGGGAGACUGAGCACUUGGAUGGGGAUUUUACAAUCUCCCGAAUGCUCGGAAUGUAUUCGGUGCUGAAGGCUUUGGCGCUCAUCCACUGUACGCUUUACAUACAUUACAGACCUGUGGUGUCCAUGGGCUACUGGUCCCUCAUGCUGACCAUCGUUCUGUACUUCACCGAGGCCUUCUGUUACCACUCGACCAACCUCAACUUCUAUGUCGUGUUCCCGUGCAUACUUAACAUAAUAACCCUGCUGGGGCUCAUCUACCUGCCCACGAAGCUGAAGCUGUGGGGGCAGGUGCCCGGCGUGUCGGGCAUGGAGCGAGAAGUGGAUGACGAGAACGCGCAGAUCCUGCGACAGAUGGGCAACUUCAAGCGGCGGCGCCCGCAGAAGAACAAAAAACUUGACGCUGUGGCGACAAACAUCUUGUCGAUUUUAAAAUGACACGCCUCUUCGUGUCGAACGCCACACUCAAAACCUUAUUGGCACGUCAGGCGUGUCACCCGCACAGAAUCGGAUAACAUACAGAUACUCCUGCAAUUAAUAGAUAAGAUAAUUAUUAAAUAAAAGCAAUAAGCUCAAGACGAUGUGCUUUCCGUAGUGACUUAAGCAUUUAAAGUAUCAUAAGUUAGGAUAUUGAACAUUUGACUGUGUGAAUGAUAUUUUUAUGAUCUGUGACAUUGGCAUUUUAUAAUUUACUAAGUCUUUGAUAUUAAGGUAUAAAGAGACCUGCAGAUUUUCAGUUUUCCGGACGAUACCGGGCGGUUAGCCGGAAGCAAAUAUGACUGCAGACAACUGCAGAUAUGAGAUAUCUUCCGACGAACUGGUAUUAUAAUGCGUGGGUCCCUUAAUAGUUUAAUCGGAUUUUGCAUUUUUUGUGGUUUUUAAUAAUUUUAUUAAGGAAUGUUAGAUUAAUUUAAUGGUUUAUAAGGUGGGGUAAGACGAACAUGGAGUAAUACACACUAUAAUGCUUAAACAAAGGAUACUAUAGACUAGACAGCCAAAUAAUAAUACCACUACCGAACGAGAUGGUCACAUACAAAUUAUAAUAAGAGUGACAGAGAGCAAAAUGUUAUUGUUUGUCUUUGUCAUAGUUUCACUUUUCCGCCGCUGCCACAAACGAGUUUGUGGCAAACAAUAACCCUUUACCGCAUAUUGUUCCACAUUUGGCCGUUAUAAAUUCUACUCUACUGACAACUGUUAUAGUUCAAAUUUGAACAAAUAUUGUAUACGUCACAUGCGGUAAGGGAUAUGUACGUGACGUCAAGUUUAUUAUCCGCCCAGAUUACGUAGGUUGUUUAUGGUAAACUGUCAGCCAUUUUUAAAGUACUUCUUAAUUUCGCUCCAUUAUUCUAUAUCUGUCCCUUACGGGUGUACGCUUACGUCAUAUCUAUAGUAUUCUUCAUCUGAGCUAUAAUGUGAUUGUCAUAGUUUCUUUAUUUUAUUCUUAUCCCAUCUUAAGUUAAUCGAUGGAAUCAGGCGUUACUUUGCGGAAAUCCAUGUUAAUCAUAAACUAGAACGUUCCUUUGCUAAUCCGCGAAUUGAUAACGUGCAAGUCAAUCAGUGUUAACCUGUUGCACUUGCACGUUAUCAAUUCGCGGAUUAGCAAAGGAACGUUCUAGUUUAUGACCAUCUUAAGUUAAGUCUCGCUCUGUAAGAAGAGGCGAAUAGAAAAAUAAUACAAUACAAUUUUAACUAUAAAACUCCCGUGAGACUCAUACAUAUUUAAAAAUAUUUAACCCGCUUAAAAUAUUUUUAAUACAAUACAGGUUGAAAUAAAAAGGUCCGUUCAAACUUUGACUUCACAAAAUGAACAACUUGUAUUAUGGGGCCAAUGCUGAAAUGGCGAAAAAAAAAUUGGCUCUUCUAUAGAAAUGAGGUAGGGGGUAGGGCAUAGCGAAUGAUAUUCCGCUUUGUGUGGUAGGACACAGCACAGCGGAUAUCAUCUCGCUCGAAUCUAGAGCAGAGCCCAACUGGAGAAGUACCUCCGCCUU